AUGAGUUGGUGGCCUGAGAACGCGAGAGCUCUCGCGGGAAACGAUGGUGGUGUACUGGGAGCUUCCGGAAAUUGUUUUGGCUAA